AUGAAGCACAUAAUUAAUCUAUAUGAAAACAUCAAUGAUACAGCAAGAAAUAAUUCAGACUGUCCUCAUGUGGUUUUGCCUGAAGAGAUUUUUUUUACAAUAUCCAUCAUUGGGCUUCUGGAAAAUCUGAUCGUCCUUCUGGCUGUGAUCAAAAAUAAGAAUCUCCAGGCUCCCAUGUACUUUUUUAUUUGCAGUUUGGCCAUUUCUGAUAUGUUGGGCAGCCUGUAUAAGAUUUUGGAAAAUAUCCUGAUCAUGUUCAGAAACACGGGUUAUCUCAAGCCUCAUGGAGAUUUUGAAACCACAGCAGAUGACAUCCUUGAUUCUCUGUUCAUCCUUUCCCUACUUGGUUCCAUUUUCAGCCUGUCUGUGAUCGCUGCCGACCGCUAUGUUACAAUCUUCCAUGCUCUGCAGUACCACAGCAUUGUAACCAUGCGACGUGCCAUUGUCGUCCUGAUGGUCAUCUGGAUAUGUUGCACAUGCAGUGGCAUCACCAUGGUAAUCUUCUCCCAUCACAUCCCCACAGUGAUCACCUUUACAUUGUUGUUCCCUCUGAUAUUGGUCUUUAUCCUGUGCCUUUAUAUGCACAUGUUCUUACUGGCCCGUUCUCAUGUCAGGAAGAUCACAACAAUUUCCAGAGCCAACAUGAAAGGGGCUGUCACACUGACCAUCCUACUAGGGGUCUUCAUUUUCUGUUGGGCCCCCUUUAUCCUUCAUGUCCUCUUGAUGACAUUCUGCCCAAAUAACCCUUACUGUGUCUGCUACAUGUCCCUCUUCCAGGUGAAUGGCAUGCUGAUCAUGUGCAAUGCGGUCAUUGACCCUUUUAUAUAUGCAUUCCGAAGCCCAGAGCUUAGGGAAGCAUUCAAAAAGAUGAUCUUCUGCAGCAGGUACUAAUAUAAUUAUCAGUCCCUGAUUUUAGGAACCAUGGUGAUAUACUGUUGAGUGAAAGAAUAACAUGACAUAUGAACAAAUACUAAUGCUCCCAACUGUGCUUUCAUUCCCUAGUGUGUAAGAGGAUAAUUUCAUUUACCAGUAUUUGUAAUAGUUUGGCUCUAGGUGAACAGUCUUGCUGUAAUACAACUUCCAUAACUAGAGAGAUAAAAUAAUGUACUAAAAAGAAGGACAGAAUACAAAGCACAUGCAGCAAUACAAAUUUGAGAGCCUUAGGCUAAGGGAAAAACUUGUUCUCAUACAGAUAUUUUGCAAACCUAUUACUGAGAUAACCCUUUCAGGCUGAAGGCCACUAUAACUGAUUUCUGGAAGUUAAAGUACUAGGACAAGUACUCAGGCCAGAAACCAUAGGUCUUUGCAAGCCAAAGGUGCCAAUAAAUUGCUGCAGCUGAAUAUGCCUGUUGCACACCACCAUACAGAAUUUCUUCCCUCCCUUCCUCCUACCUGUCUGUUUGAUUAUAUCUUAAAUCUUUUUGGAAGCAGGAAGGGUAUAAAUUACAAAUGUCA